AUGGAUGGGUCAUUGAAGCUUCCGUUGAUGCUAAUUGGUAAAUCGAAAAAUCCAAGGACUUUGAAGCAUGUAAGACAGCUUCCUGUCUAUUACGCGGCUUCUAAAAAUGCUUGGAUGACGCAGUUUUUGUCCAAAAAAUGGUUUCUUGAAGAAUUUGUUCCUCGCGUUACCAAAUUUUUGCAAGAAUCCAAUCGUCCUAUUGAGGCCGUGUUGGUUCUGGAUAACUGCUCUGCCCACUUCAAAGGUGGAGAAUUACAGACUGAAGAUGGGAAAAUUUGGACCGAAUUCCUUCCUCCUAAUACAACCGCUGUUGUUCAACCGAUGGAUCAAAACAUAAUUCAAAUGAUCAAAGCGCGCUACCGAAAAAUAUUAAUGCAGGAGAUAAUGGGCAGAUCUGGCGACUUUCGCGAACAUAUUAAGAAUAUUAACAUUAAAGAUGCGAUUUUCUGGGUGGCUCAAUCAUGGGAUUAUGUCCCAGCAGACGCAAUAAGAAAAUCCUGGGAUAUGCUUUACAAUCCAGUAGAUUGUGAUGACGAAGACGACCUGCCAUUAUCUGUACUGCAAGAUAAAUUACGAAAUAUUUCUCAAAAAAUUCUUGAACCCCGAACUCAGGACGAAGAAAAUGACGAUGUCGAAUUUUUGAAGGAUGAUGAUAUUGUGGAACGUGUUCUUAAUCCUGAAAACGACACCAACAUAUACACCGGAGAUGAUUCGACGCUGCCGACCAUCGAGGAAGAGGGGAAUUUUUCUGUUGAUGUUGCUGAUGAAAAUGAAAGUGUCCCAGUUUCGCAUGAAGCUGCAAUAAAUGGAUUGAAUUUGAUAUUGAGAUAUGCUGAAGAAAAUGGAUGGCCACUAAGUUCACAGUUUAGCUUGCGUCAAAUGCGUCUGGGUAUUUUUAAAACAGUCACUGGUGACAAAUCACAGUAA